AGGGUCUUCAUCCUACUGGGUGCAACACGCGACUGAAAUCAAAUGAUUACUUCAAUCGUUUCCCAUGCAACCUUCCUUCCGUUCUCCAACUCCUGCUGCUUUUAUACAACCCUCAAAACUUACCUAACUUACCUAGUCAUAUCAAACUGAAAUCUCUUGCUUCCUCCUCGUGUAACUGGGAAAGCGCACAACCACAUAUCGUCACUGCAGCACAAGUCAGAGAGAGAGAGAAAAGGUGAGCAGGUACUUUCCACCAACAUGGAAGAAUUGGAACCAUGUCGAAAAGCCCUUCCAUGACCGACCGAGGUCCCUGGUCCCGCGCGGCAGGCUGAUUGACUCACGGUUCGCUUCAAGUCGUGGAACUCGAAAAACGAAAAAACCAACUGCAAUCUUCACCACGGCACGGGUGACAUCUACGGGACGCUGCUUCUUCACCUACUCUGCUCGCACACGUCAUACUCGUCCUGCCGCUGCAUAAAUUAUAUUCACAUACCCAGACCCCGGCCAUCUCUUGUCCAUCUUAUCUCUCUGCUCCGCUCUAACCAUUCUUCACCGUAUCGUCUUAGCCACGCAACCACCGGUCUUGGCUAUUUUUUUUUGUUCAUUCCAUAGUGACUCUUCAUAAUUCGCCGACCUGGCAGCUUAUCCGGGCGUCAGUGUUGGCUGCAGAUGGCUUCCCCAUAUGAUCCCGUGGCCACGGAUCCACCACUUCUAGACAGAAACAGCGAGAUCAAAACAUACACCACGUCGAGGUUUACCUAUCCCGGCCUGCGUAUCUUCUAUCGGCGCCACCAACAGGCCGACCGUCUUCCAAAGUCACCGGCGCCGAUACCACUACUCGUUUUCAUCCAUGGACUUGGUGGCUCAGUAGCCCAGUUUCACCCGUUGCUCACCAGCCUGACUUCGAUUGCGUCCUGCUUGGCUAUUGAUCUUCCAGGGUGCGGGAGAUCCGAGUUUUCAGUCCGGCAAUGGGAAGCAUACACGACAGAUGCCCUGGUAGAGCUCCUAGAGACCAUCAUCGAGGAUUACCGCGAAAAGGAGGACGGCCAGGGUGUAGUGCUGAUUGGUCACAGCAUGGGUGCCUCUCUUGCUGCACUACUGGCGAGUCCGAGACUACCACCCCGGACUCAACUGCAUGAUCACGUCGCUGGCUUGAUCGCGGUCUGCCCCACCUCAGGUUUUUCAUCUCAGAAGCAAAUUAUGGUUCUUACGGCAUUGCUUUGGGUCCCUGAAAUCAUCUUCAACCUUUGGAGAGCGUGGGACAAGCGAGGCGGAAGCCAAAGUGCGAGCGUUAGGAGGUUCGUUGGCGCCGAUGCCGACCCCGAAGCAAAGCGGCUUCAAGACUUAUACAACAACCAAGCUAUCACGUCAGUCUGGCGUCGUAUGGCUUGGGGUUGUCUACCGACUCAUGUCAAAGGGGUUACUAAGGGCGGCCUACCUUCGAAAGAAACCUGGGAAAAGCUGAAUGUGCCGGUUUUCUUAGUGGGAGGAGAAGAUGAUAGAGUCACCCCUCCCCAGGAAAUUGCCAAGAUCCGUGACUUUCUGCAAGAAGUCAAAACGACACCAGACACGAUUUCACCCGGCACCUCAGUUCUUGCUGACUCGGCAGCGCCGGUAGAUAUCAACGCAGCGGCGUCCAAGAUUGAUGCUAUGACAAGUUUGGGGCAAGGAGAGGAAAAUACUCGGGAAAGCGAGGAUCAAAAGCCAGUACACCGCACACAGGUUGCUGAACCAGAGGAAGGAGCGGACGAUCCGGUGACACCUACUGAGCAGGCAGCGAGUCUACCGUCCUUGUCUCUCCACCGCAAAAAGAUUGUGCGCUCCAUCAUCAUGGGCAAGCCGGCCACGCACGCUUUACUAUACACGCCGUCAACAGUCCGCAUCCUCGCGGGAUUGAUAUCGGAUUUUAUGGUUGUGCAUAUCACUGGUCGUCUUGACCUGGGCUGGCAACUGCAGUACCUUUCUCGUGAUGGCAAGUGGGAUGUCAAGAAUCUUCAGAAGUGGCAGGCAGUAGAGCCUGUUUCUGAACCUAUUGGAGGCAUCUUCCGUGCCAUCAAGACCUUGCGCGAGGUUGACGAAGAUCACAGUCCUUCGGAAUUUGUCAAGAAAUGGGGUGGGGUCAUUAAGGAUGUCAUUGACAUUUCGCAUGACAACCCCGUGUACAACCCUCAGGGUCUCGAGAAGGGAGGAAUACACUACCACAAGUUCCCGACGGUUUCCAAGGUCCCGCCUACGGAUGCGGAGAUCAAGGGCUUCAUUGAGCUUGUCGACAAGGUCCGUGACGAGCAGAAGGAGCGGGCGAAGAGAGAGAACUGGGGAGAAGAGCAUUAUAUUGGAGUCCAUUGCCACUAUGGCUUCAACAGAACGGGAUUUUUCCUUGUCUGUUACCUCGUUGAGCGAUGCGGUUAUACGCCGGAGGCGGCUAUUGAGCAUUUUGCUCAGAGCAGGCCCAAGGGCAUCAAGCAUGCUCACUUCAAGGACCGGCUGUACGUGCGGUAUUCGGGUUUAAGGAGCGAGGCAAUCGCGGAGCACUGAGAUUUCACUUGCCCCCCUCCCCCCCUCCCUUUUUUUUUUGGUUGUUUGCUGGUUUACUUUGCUGCAAACGUCUCGAGAUUCUUCGAGAUUUGUUUUCUGAUGAUACGAGCGGUUGGGUUAGUUGUAAGCAAUUCCUUGGUCAUGGUAGUAUGGUUAGGCCUUGUACGGAAAGACAGGGCGUCUGGAAGGUUAAAUGCUGUUCGGUUCUUGAUACCUUGGGAUACUAGCCUGUAUUCCUUCUUUUUUCUUAGUUAUUGAGUCUAGUUAGAGAGGUUGAUGUCUUGAUAGAAUCAAAGCCUAGCGUUGUUUACCUUAAUACGAGCCAGAGCAGCAGUCAUGUUUUGAUAACGACAGUCUCCUAACUCGAAACACGCAGCAUGCUCAAGACAACUCUCCCCGACUAGCCAGAUACGCAGC